GGCUGAUGUUGGGCACGUGGUUUGCUGACCUCGGAGCAGGAAGAAGGCACAGUGUGAGAGGUGGUGGGAAGGAAGUUCUGUCUGGGGAACAGCUGAGAGGAGGAGUUGCAGCACAGCACGACUGCUGCUGAAAACUUCACCUCAGUGGAAGCUGCACAAUGUAUUGUCUGUAACAGUAGGAACAAUGGACAAGUUUGUGGUGGUGAACAAGUCAAAGAAUCCUAAAAGUUGCAGGUCAGACCUGUGUGAGCAGAAGGAUGAGGACCUGGUGGGUGUGAGCAGUGGCGAAGCAGAGAGUCCCAGGAAGAGACUGAAAAGAAACAAGACAGGAGGAGGUGACGGAUCUCCAGCACCCCUUGUGGCCCAGCAGGAAUCGGUGAGUGACGUUGCCCUUUCCUGGAAGCAAAUCCGAGCUGAGGGACUGAACUGUGACUACACCAAACUGUUCACCAAAUCCGAGGCUGAUGACAUACUCUUGGAAUUGGAGAGAACGCUGGAAUAUUUUUCAGGUGAUCUGACCAAGGUUCAGGUGUUUGGGAAAUGGCACAAUAUCCCGCGCAAACAGGUGACCUACGGCGACCCUGGGUUGACCUACAGAUAUUCAGGGGUGACCCUGUCCCCGAAGCCUUGGACUCCUGUGCUGGAGAAGAUAAGGGAGAGAGUGACGCAGGUGACUGGACACAAGUUCAACUUUGUGCUGGUCAACAGGUACAAAGAUGGGAGUGACCACAUGGGGGAGCAUCGGGACGAUGAGAAGGAACUGGAGCCACGCAGCCCCAUCGCAUCAGUUUCCUUCGGCGCCUGCAGGGACUUCAUCUUCCGCCAUCGAGAUGCACGGGGGAAGAGCCCAUCGCGUCGCCUGGAACCAGUGAAGCUGCUUCUGGGUCACGGCAGCUUGCUGAUGAUGAACUUCCCAACGAACGUCUACUGGUAUCACAGCCUGCCAGCCCGCAAGAAGGUGCUGGCUCCCAGGGUCAACCUGACCUUCCGCAAGGUUCUGCCCUCACUGAAGAACUGAGCUCUAGACAGUCAGGCUUCACUUGUCAGCCAGGGGAGACUGCUGGGUUCGCGUCUUCUGCCGCCAGCAACUCUCGGGCCACCCGUCAUAUGCUGACUGAGCUGGUGACUAGUGGGUACUUAACCAUGAUGGGGUCACAGCUGAGCUCAUCCUCCCUUUGCACUGCAGAUAUUUUACAGAGGCAUUGAGAGUGAUGCUGCUGAUACCUUGGCUGAGAACCGCCCUCCCCUCUCUCUCAACUAUCAGCCCCCACAUCCCAGAUACCCAGAAACAAAUUCUAGCAUUCCAAGAUCUGCCACAGGGAUGGGUGUUUUGCAGAAGGUUAGUAGGCAGUUUUUGGGAUGCCUAAGGCCUAGGGAUCUGUGAAUUUGGAAGGUGCCUACAUUUGGAUGGGAGUCGGGUUUUAAAUGACUGAAUUGCAAUGCAAUUUGACCAAUAAUCUGCUUCCUUGCUAUUUCAAGCACCUUGCUAUUUCUUCCAAGAGAAACAAGACCACGCAAGUCAAACGUGCUUUAGUUACUCAUGUUUCUCACACCUGGGUUGUACCACCGGUGUGACGAUGCACAGUGAUAUUUAAAGGGUUCCAGUUGACAGCAAUCAGAAAUAGAUGUGUCGGAAAUCCACGACUACUGUUUGCAAUUAGAACUGAACUUCUUAAAUAAAUGAUAAGCCUCUGUCUAGAGAUGGAAGUACAUAUUCAGUAAUGAUUUCUGUAGAAUUGUGGGGGUAUUGGUAUCCAUUCUGUCUGUAUGUUGUAUUUAAGUAUUAAAACAUUUCUACCCUGUUGA